AUGCCUAGCUUGUGGCGGAAUAUGUCGGCUAAAUUAGAAGAUCCCCAAGACUACGACGGCUCAAACAACGGCAAUCCCAUGUCUGCGUCGCUUUCGAACCCUCCGGUGGACGACGACGACGACGAUGACGGGAACUCGUCCGGGAAGACGCAGAAGGAGAGAAGAAAGAUCGAAAUCAAAUUCAUCCAGGAUAAGAGCAGACGCCAUAUCACGUUCAGCAAGAGAAAAGCAGGGAUCAUGAAAAAGGCCUACGAGUUGAGUGUGUUGACUGGAACCCAGGUCUUGCUAUUGGUUGUUUCUGAAACUGGGUUAGUUUACACUUUCACUACUCCGAAAUUGCAGCCAUUGGUGACGAAGCCCGAGGGGAAGAAUUUGAUUCAAGCUUGUUUGAAUGCGCCCGAGGAAGGCUUGGGUGAUGAUCAAGGCGACCAGAGCGACGGCGAGCAGGCAGAGUCGCCGGAACCUAGCCCCGUGCCCCCACCUCAGCAGCAGCAACAGGCACAGGCACAAGCACAAGUGCAACAGCAGCAUGCGCAUUUGCAACAGCAACACCAACAGGCUGCCGCUGCGGCUCAUGCUGCUCACCACCAGGCGCAAGCGCAGGCUCAACAACAGCCGGGACAACAGAUGCCUCCUCAGGGCAUGCCCCACUACCAGACCCAGCCUGGCCCUCCUCAAAACCCGGGACAACAACAGCAGCAGCAGCCUGGACAAUCGGGCCAGCCGGGCCAACCGGGCAUGCCCUAUGGAGAUUACUACUUUGGCAACAUGCAGAAUAGUAAUAUACCUAAUCAACAACAAUUUCAAUAA